AUGUCGCCGUCUCAUUUUUCUACACCAUGUCUGCCGGGGCUCCCCUCCGAAUUGGUCAUCGCCAUCGGUCGCCUGCUGGACCCGAUUGGCCUGGUCUCUCUCAGCCAGUCGUCUACUCUGUUCCGCCGCCUCAUCCCCCUCCAGAAACGGCAGCUGGUAGAGCGGCUGCUGGCCCUGGAGUGCACGGAAGAGCACGGCGGCGGCGCGCCCACUCUACGGGUCCGUGAUCAGACGCUUGAGCCUGCCUUCUCCGAGGAGGAGUGGGGAAACUAUCGCUGGGCCUGUUCGAGCUGCCUGCGCCUUCUCCCGCACAUUCACUUCGACAACCGCUCCAUCCUGCGGCUCCAGAACCGGAAGCCCAUUGCUGGCUCGCCCGCCGCAGAGCCCGUCUCGACCUGGGAGCCAUCGCUUCGCGGCAAGGCAUGGGGCCGCAAGGCAUGGCAGCCAAUCUCCAACGAGGAGCGCCGUGUCCGCCUUCGAUACCGCCUCGCCAUUCAUCCGUUCGAGACAUUCUAUCCGCCCUUCCUUCACCGCUGGACUGUGGAGGAGUUGCGCGACGCCGGGAUGCGAGGCUUUGAUUACGUCGACGACGACGCGUAUCAAUGUAUGAGCCAAGGUCUCAAGAACGCUAUUUUUGAUAGCAACCUCUUCGAGAUCGAGCUUGCCACCAGCGGCUCGAAGCGCUACAAUCGCAUGUGCAACGAAUGCCGAUUUCAAUCAGGGCAGUUGAGGGUGCAGCUGGGUGACAGGCGCGGCACCACGGCCACGCCAAUCAUGCAUAGCAGACAGGUGCACUUCGCCUCUGCCCACGAUCGCUUCUUCCCCGGCCUCCCAGAGCACUUGGGAAUGCCAGAACCUCAGUUCUACCUCCCCAUCGGCGAGAUCGGCAAGGUUGGCGAGGUCUUCGUCAUGGGCCCGGUGGGCCUCUACUCGCGACCCUGGACCAUGUACAUGGUCCGAUGCCCAGACUGCGAGCGCUGGCAGGAGGUGCGAGCCUUUCGCCUUGGAGGGUAUUCGGCAUGGUGGAACCCGAAUCUUGAUGCCCAGCUGUGGAACAACGAAGCCCUCAGCAUUGAGGACCUUCACGAGAUCAUUUGCAACGGCUGUUACGCGCGCAAGUAUGGCAAAUUGGCCUUGGGAACGCUGCUUGCCGACUUCGUGGAGUGGGUGAUCUGCGAAAAUGCCCGGCGAUACCUCGAGGCCCAGCUUUGCUGGGGAUGGUUCGCCCUCGAGCAAGUCGUGACGAGACUGCCCUCAGAGUACCGGCAGCAAGUGAGGCUCAUCCUGAGAAACGUCAAUCAUCGAAGGAACAGGUCGUGGGAGGGAGAGGAUUUCUCAUACAUGGAUAUCGCAAACCUCAAACUGCGCCAUAUGGACUUUGUCAACGUGGUCAACCAGGGGUUGGCCGCUUCGGACAACGAGGCAGUCCGGCAUCUCUUCUCCGACUUUUGGUUCAGCACCUGGUAUUACGUUUAUGAUAGGCUGGAGACGCAGUGGCUUUGGAUGAGUGCGUAUGUUGUCGAGGCACGCGAGAAGCCCGAAGUUUUGGCCGAAUGGGCUUUGAGUCGAGACCCGGCUGCCUUCACUUGA